UACGCGUCUUAUGUAUAUACACAUAUAAAAAUGGGUUGAGAUGAGCGAAGGCUCGGAGUUGAGAGUGGAAAUAUUGCAAUAGUGGGUUGGAUGGCCGGAAAUUCCAUCAAUUCAACGAGUAGCAUCAAAUCACUACAUUUUCACAUCAUCCAUCACAAUAUUAUUGCUAUGGUCCCAUUGACUCAUGCCACUGUCCUAUCAAGCACUUCAACUCACCGGGCUGGUUCGCCUUGGUAGCUGGAAAAGAUUUUCUAAAAACUGGGUUCAUCUGGCGAGAGUCUGUUCAUCAACUGCAGGCUAGACGAAACGUAACCGUUUGUCACUUGAUUGUCCCUCUGUACUCUGCAUCCCUCAUUCUGGAAAAGCCGAACGUUACAUCACUGUGUAUUCGGAAUUGUUUAGGGUCAAAGCGACAUGUCGAAGACAAAGGAUGAGGUAUCUGCCAAUGCCAUAACUUCUGGCGGCAGCAAUGAUGAUACCGACCAUGAUCCUGGGCUCAAAACCACAUCGUGGUGGCGUCACAUUGUAGGAUACAUCUGGGAUUCGGCGGAAGGUACACCACGAGACAGAAGAUAUGUCCAGAAGAUUGAUGCGUACAUGUUGUAGGAGACCUCGUUCAUCCUUUGACGGAACCAGCAGACUCACUAAUUAUCUUGAAGUACCGCGGUAUGCCUAGGCUAUUUCAUAAAAUAUUUAGAUCAAACAAAUUACAGUGAGUGGUAGAGAUCAUCCAGAAAAUCAAAACGUGGUUACUCACUCAGCAUUUACAGGCAACGCCUUUGUUAGUGGCAUGCAGGAGGAUGUGAGUUCCCCUACCCCAACCGUUCUUGCGUUCCAAAUUAGACCAACGCAUACUGUCAUCUUAGCUUCAUUUAUACGGCAAUCAACGAAACUGGCUCAAUACUUGGUUUAGUCUUGGCAUCAUGGUUGGUAGUGUGCCGGCAAUGAUGGUUCAACUUCGGGGAACGCGCUCUUCUUAUUUUCUCCCCUGUUGCGAGAUUGUAUGGUCUGCGCUGGUGAUGGGUAUGGCUGCAGCGAAGACCAUUGAAACGGUAAGUGCAACACAAAAACGUGAUUCAAACUCACUCAAGUAAGUUUGAUUCUAAUUCCAUCCAGAUGUACGUUCUUCGAUUCUUCAUCGGGCUUUUCGAAGCAUGCUCCUUCCCAGGUUACGUGGCGCUGCUCGGAGGUUGGUACGGACCUGCGGAACUCACCAAAAGAGUUGCCAUCCUGGGAUCGGUUGAAUCAAUAGCCAGUAUGUUCAGCGGGUACUUGCAGGCCGGUUUGUAUACCAGCUUGAACGGAUCUCAUGGUAUUGCCGGCUGGAGAUGGCUGUUCAUCAUGGAUGCCGCCAUCUCUAUUCCUAUUGCUGUCUGGGGAUUUUUUGCAAUCCCGGACUUGCCACAUAAUACGAAAGCUUUUUAUCUCAAUGCAGACGACAGAAAAUAUAGUAUUGAGAGAGUCGAGAAGCUGGGUAUCUCUGAGCCUGUGAAAUUGACUUGGAAAAUAUGCAAGAAAGUCUUUUUGAACUUGAAGUUAUGGGCAUUUAUCUUUCCAUACGUGUAUGUUAAUCAUUCCAAAAUGGAGAGGAAAAAUAAUGAAGAACUAACGCAAGAGUAGGAUGCUCGUGAACUGCCACUCGGCAACAAGCUACUUCAAUCUUUGGCUGAAAGCGGAAGGAUAUAGUGUUGUGAAAAGAAACAUUCUACCAACAGCAGGCAAUGCACUAACCAUCGUCGUUUCAUUCGUCUACGGAAUCAUAGCAGAUCGUACGGGUAGAAGAUUUCUUCUAAUCAACGUCCUGAUGGUUAUAAUAAUGGUUUCGAAUAUCAUGCUAUCCGUAUGGAAUAUUCCCAAGCCCGCGCUUAUGGCCGCCUAUUACUUAUCGUAUGCUGGCACUGCAGCCACCCCAGUGCUCAUUGUAAACUCCCCAUCCCUAGCUAUGACUUGGUGGCUAGCCCGGAUCUGAACAGUUCUUGCUAAUUCUGUUCACAGUCGUGGGGUAACCAACUAAAUGCCGCUGACCCGAACUUGCGACAAUUGCUUGUCGCUGCUGGAAAUGUUGUUUCAUUUGCAUGGGUUCUUUGGGUACCGCGUAAGUCACCAGCUUCAUGUUCGUAUCAUGGCAGCAAAUUAAUUCAUAACUGACUUAAUUACUAAUAUAUAGUGGUUCUAUUUCCUACCUACGAUGCACCCAAGUAUAAGUAUGGUUAUCAAAUCUUGGUACUUUUUGCGGGUCUCGGGAUCGUUGGUACUUGUUUGAUGGUUUACAUCCAUAAACGCGACGAUAGGUAAGUUUGCCUUAAUAUUGGUAUACUAUUCUGCAAGUGUGGCAAAGCUAACGAUCGUCUAGAAAAAGAGAGGUGCCACAGAUAGAAUGCGUACGGAAUGAAUAUAUUCAGAAGACGGGUAUGGAUGAUGAGACUAAAGCGUAAUGUUGAGGGCACCUACCACCACCUACUUGAAAUAUCAAAUUUCAAUCUACAGUCUAUUGUUUCAAAUCUUGAGGCUGACGCUUUUAUUUAUUAGCACAUUCCUGUAGUUUCGUAUACAAACAAGCUUCCAAGGUCUAUGUCGCAAGUCAGUAUAAUUAAUUGCAAUUUAAAAAACUACCCUUUUCAUUCUUCCAGAUGUUUCCCGUAUCAAGUCCACCACAUCAUACCCUGCAGCCACCUCUACAUCUAUGCAAGAUCGUACCAUUCCAUCCACGGAAGCUGUAAUAUUUGCUCUUUUCCUUAGCAGAUAUUCCACAGUCUCCAUUUCUCCCGCUCUACAAGCACGAUAGCGCCGUGCCUGCCGAUUCAAACGAUUCUCAAUUACCUACCGCAUACCAAAUAACCUUCUCCUCUUAAUCCAAAUCCCGAUCUGUCUCUACAAACAACUUCAAAGCUUGAAGAUUACCCGUCUCCACCGCUGCAGUUGCCGCCUCGUCCCUUGGGUUUUAAAUCCAUAUCUGAGCAUGAAUUUAAUAAGCUCAAGCGAAGGGAAAUCCCCCCUCAUUGCCGAAUUCUCGCUUCCCAUCACCGGCAGAAUACCCAU